AUGUCUUCCGCCACGACCUUUUACGAUCUCAAGGCGCCUCUGCCCGGAGCCGACAAGACGUACGACUUCAAGGUCAGUUGCCCUGGCAGGCUGGCACGGUCGAGUCAUGGUCGUACGACCUCGCUCGGCUUCGGGUCGGCGCGGUUGCCGGAUAUCGCCUGCGCUUGAAAGUUGUUCUGAUAACUACGCGACCUCGCACUCUCAACAGGAUUUGAAGGGCAAGGUCGUAUUGAUCGUCAACACCGCAUCCAAGUGCGGCUUUACCAAGCAGGUCAGCCAGCACUCAUAACGCGUCGAGGAAGCUCGUCGUCACCUUCCUCGUCGACGCUACCACAUGUUGAAUCCUGGUCUCUGUUCUACCACGCAGUACGAUGGUCUUGAAGCGCUCUACAGAAAGUACAAGGGCAAAGGCUUCGAGCUCUUGGGCUUUCCUUGCAACCAGGUUAGUUUGGUGACAGCUGGCUCGGGGGUGUGGGUCUUUGCGCGUCGGAAGAGUGUUGCUCACUCAUCGUCAGCAUCUGACUCCUUCGUAGUUCGGUGGUCAAGAACCCGGCACGGAUGAGGACGUCGCCAGCUUCUGCACUCUCAACCACGGCGUUAGCUUUCCUCUGAUGAAGAAAGUGAGGAUCUUACCGGAUACGGCCGUUUACAAACCGUUCGCACUACUGACAGCCGGUUCCUCUCAUCUCUAUCAGUCGGAUGUCAACGGGGACAGCACCAACGAGGUUUUCCAAUACCUCAAGACGAAGCAGCCCGGAAUCUUUGGCACAACCAUGAUCAAGUGGUCAGUCACUGUUAUCAGGCUUGAGAAGUGUAUGCACCGAGCGGAGCUGAUUGAGCGUAUUCCUAUCCCUCACAGGAACUUUACAAAGUUCUUGGUCGACGGCGAAGGCAACGUUGUGGCGAGGUACUCCUCGUUAGUCCUUCCGACCUUUGCUCCACCCUCUUUCCCCCUGCAUUGUAGAUUGUUGACAACCUCCUUCCGUCGUUUGUACAGGACCACUACGCCGGAAUCAAUCGACAAGGAUAUCGCCAAGUUGAUCGAAGGCUCCGCUCUGAGCCCUCGAGAGCCCCAAGACGAAUAG